GUCUUCCUCAGAGAUGCUUGGAGGGGAAGCAGAACUGUGAAUCUUGGAAUAAAACUGCUUUUGAUAAUGCAAAUUUAGUCUUGGUUAAUGCAGACAGACUGUCAACUUCAGCAGUCAGGAGAAGGGAGGGGGCUAACUCCUCAUCUCAGAGACCAGUGAAGAAUUUCAAUAGAAUGCUUCGACUUCCGAAAUAAGAUCAUUCUAAGCAAGCGGAGGCUUUCUCCCUUCCCAGGCAUCUGUGUGGCCCCCAUGCUCUGCAGAGAGAAGUCUGCUUUGCGCGGUUAGUGAAAACAGGAACCUGCCCUCCUACCAGCCCCUUGCCUUUGCCUUCCUUGUUUCAGCAGAGGAAGUGUGAGGCCCUUUAGCAACUACAGCUCUGCAGUCUGCUUGAUAACAUGGGCUUUGCCUGCACUUCGUCCAGAGCCUGUGUGACCCACUCAACCUGGAGCAGCAGCUGAUGAGAGAGCUGGUGAUCCUGUACCCAUUGACCCUCUACAGCCAACUCCCAGGAGAGGCCAUGUUCUGCAUCUGAAGGCUUCGAGUACCUUCCACAGCUCGAGGAGAGAAAGAAAUGGGGAACAGCAUGAAAUCCACAUCUCCCCCUUCGGAGAGGCCAUUACCCAGCACUGAGGGACUUGAAAGUGACUUCCUGGCUGUGCUGAAUGACUACCCAUCUCCCGACAUCAGUCCCCCAAUAUUCCGGAGAGGAGAGAAACUGCGUGUUAUUUCUGAUGAAGGGGGCUGGUGGAAAGCUAUUUCUCUCAGCACUGGCCGGGAAAGUUAUAUUCCAGGGAUAUGUGUGGCCAGAGUGUACCAUGGCUGGCUGUUUGAAGGACUGGGCAGGGACAAGGCAGAGGAACUGCUGCAGCUGCCAGACACAAAGAUUGGGAGCUUCAUGAUUCGAGAGAGUGAAACAAAGAAAGGUUUCUACUCACUGUCAGUAAGACACAGGCAGGUGAAGCAUUACCGUAUCUUCCGCCUGCCCAACAACUGGUACUACAUCUCACCAAGGCUCACCUUCCAGUGCCUGGAGGACCUGGUGACUCAUUAUUCUGAGGUGGCUGAUGGUCUAUGCUGUGUGCUCACCACACCCUGCCUGGCACAGAACACACCUGCUCCAACAGCUCACCCUUCACCUUGCACCAGCCCUGGUUCACCUGUAACUUUGCGCCAGAAGACCUUUGACUGGAAGAGGGUAUCCAGAUUGCAAGAAGGUCCAGAGGGAGCAGAGAACCCACGUAGAGUGGAUGAAUCCCUUUUCAGCUAUGGUCUUCGGGAAAGCAUUGCAUCUUACCUGUCCCUGACAAGUGAUGACAACAGUUCCUUUGACCGGAAGAAGAAGAGUCUCUCCUUAAUGUACACUGGCAGCAAACGCAAGAGUUCCUUUUUUUCAGCACCCCAGUACUUUGAAGAUUAAUGCCCUGGCUGGUGCACAAAAGAUGAAGGCUUUGACUGUCAUCUGGGAACUUAAGGAGGCCAGAGUUCCUCCUUGGUUACCUCAGGUCUUCCAGGAAUCAAGGGAAAUCACACAGAGACUGCCUUUACAUACUGAUCAGAGGAACUCUUCCCUGUUGUCUGAUCAGUAUUGAGGAGCCACAUCAUGUUUGAAUCAUGAUGAAAUGUGGCAGUGCUUCAGAGAACUGUGUGUAUAUGAGUGUGUGUAUGUAUAACAGAACACUCUUGCAAGAGUACUUGGAGACUGACUCCAGCUCGCAGUCUAAAUGUCUUUCUCCAAGACCCUGUGGAGAGCAUCCAUCUGAGAAAGAACAUGGGGAAGAUGGCCUUCUUAGAUCUCCAGAAUGACCUCUACCUUGAACAAAACUACCUUUAUAGGUCCAAUGAGACCUUUGGGCUAUGUCUCUUCUGUUUCUAAAGGAACAGUGACACUAAACAGUAUUCAGAAGGGCUUAGAGCUCUGAGCCUAGUGGAAUCUUCAGCAUUCAGAGGUAUGGAAGUCACGUGGGCAGGAGUAGAUGGUCAUGCUAAGACACAGGAGAUUAUAAGGUAGUGAGGGGCCAAACAGAAGAGGGAGGAGGCUGCUCUACUGCAAAAACUUUUCAGAUCGACAGCCUUGACUCAUCCAGCUGCUGUGGUUCUAUACUCUAGAACCCCCAUUCCUCAUGCCAAUCAGAAGAUGCCUGGGUGAAAUACUGUCCUGAGGUCAAAUGGGAAUAAACAAGGUAUAAAUGGAAUUCCUUAAUACUGGAGUUCCAGCUGGAGCACAGAGAUAAGAAGAACAACAAUAUGUAACCCUGAAUAUGAAACAAGAGGAACCCUCACAUACAAUGGGCUGAGGACAAGUGAAGGUUACCCAGGUGUUCUUAUUCCCAUGGAUCUACAAGGGAUACAAGGCUUGUUGGACGAAGUAGAUCAGAAUUCUUAGGUGUUUGUUUGUUUGCUGCUGUUUUGUUUCAUUUUUUUAAGGAAGCUGGUUGGCUUUAGAGAAAUAAUUUAUCCUGUAUAUUUUCCUAUAAGAAGGAUUAGCAUCUGCAUGAAUAAGAAUGCCCCUUUCUGGGAAAGGGGGGCUGGAGAAGCUGAAUGCUGCCAUAUAUGAUUGUGAGAGGUGAGAGAAAAUCCACAGGGCAUUCAGGGAAGAGAAGCCUCCAUCCUGUCUCACACCUAUAUCUUGCUGGAAUGUGAGUCAGGAUAGCCAUGGCUUAUUCUUCUCUUUUUAUCACAAGGAUGCUUGAUGAGAGAAAUACAUGUGGGAUUUGUCAUCCAUUAUAUGCAUUCCAUAUAUCUGGGCUCAGCCUGCAGAUGGCACAAGCAUAUGCCUUGACAUGAUAUGACAUAUCAUCAGAUCUGGUGUUUUUACACCUAGAGGCACUGGUGAUCUUCCAGGUCUUUUCCAAAGGCUAUUUCAAAAAUACUGCUCAGUGUGUGAGAAACAAAUGUCACACAAGGUCAGCGACUUCUGCUAUGAGGCCAUGAUCUCUGGCUCCCGAUGUGUGUCUGUUCACUAUCUUCGGUGCUGUUUUCUGUUGUGGUCAAUGUGAUUGGAACUUUGAGUAGCACUUGGGGGUACUUCUAAGUAGCAAGCAUUACACUUUGCCAAAUCAUGUAUUUAUUCUUGAUUAAAGUAAAACUAAUACUUAUUUAACCUUG